CAGCCGAUAGACAUCACUUCCGAUUCUGAUGACGUAGGGCGUCCUCCUCGGUUCCUGUUUGAGGUUCCUCCAUUCAAAGAGAUAACUGUCUGUAAAAAGAUAACGCGUUAGUAAUUGAUUUAGUAGGUCGCAUAUACCGUAACUGGUGACGAAAGCUUUCAUUAUAGACCGUUAUGGAGACUUCCGGAAACUCUCACAAGAAACCGAAGCUGAGCAACGCGUCCAGCGAGAAUUGGGGAAUGCAGAGGGCGACUAAUGUGACCUACCAGGCUCAUCAUGUCAGCAGGAACAAGCGUGGUCAGGUGGUGGGGACGAGAGGGGGCUUCCGUGGAUGCACUGUCUGGCUCACAGGUCUGUCUGGGGCUGGGAAGACCACGGUGAGCAUGGCCCUGGAGGAGUACCUGGUGUGCCACGGCAUCCCCUGCUACUCGCUGGACGGAGACAACAUCCGCCAGGGCUUGAACAAGAACCUGGGCUUCAGCCCUGAGGACCGCGAGGAGAACGUCAGGCGUAUAGCCGAGGUGGCCCGCCUGUUCGCCGACGCAGGGCUCGUCUGCAUCGCCAGCUUCAUCUCUCCCUACGGACGGGAUCGUGUGAACGCCAGGAAGAUCCACGAGGCUGCAGGCUUGCCCUUCUUCGAGGUGUUUGUGGACGCGCCGCUUGACGUGUGUGAACAGAGAGAUGUCAAGGGCCUCUACAAGAGAGCCAGGGCUGGAGAGAUCAGAGGUUUCACUGGGAUAGACUCGGAGUAUGAGAAACCAGAGGCCCCAGAGCUGGUGCUGAAGACCGACUCCUGCAGUGUCAACGAGUCUAUACAGCAGCUCAUUGACCUGCUACAUGAGAAGGAUAUAGUGCCGGUGGAUGCUUCCUAUGAAGUGAAGGAGCUGUACGUAGUGGAGAACAAGCUGGACCUGGCCAAGACGGAUGCUGAAACACUACCUGCUGUGCAGAUUGGAAAGGUGGACAUGCAGUGGGUUCAGGUGCUUGCUGAGGGCUGGGCCACCCCUCUGAACGGCUUCAUGAGGGAGAGGGCGUUCCUGCAGUGUCUCCACUUUGACUGUCUGCUGGACGGUGGCGUCAUCAACCUGUCUGUGCCGGUGGUGUUGCCGGUGUCGGGGGCGGACAAGGAGCGUCUGGACGGCGUCACGGCCAUGGCCCUGGUGUACGAGGGCCGCCGCGUGGCCAUCCUCCGCAACCCCGAGUUCUACGAGCACCGCAAGGAGGAGCGCUGCGCCCGCCAGUGGGGCACUACCUGCAAGGACCACCCCUACAUCAAGAUGGUAAUGGAGAGUGGAGACUGGCUGGUAGGAGGAGACCUGCAGGUCCUGGACAAGAUCAGCUGGAAUGACGGCCUGGACCAGUACAGACUCACCCCCACUGAGCUCAAACACAAGUUCAAGGAGAUGAAUGCAGACGCGGUGUUUGCCUUCCAGCUGCGUAACCCGGUGCACAACGGCCACGCCCUCCUCAUGCAGGACACCCACAAGCGUCUGAUCGAACGGGGCUACCGCCGGCCCGUCCUACUGCUGCACCCGCUGGGCGGCUGGACCAAGGACGAUGACGUGCCGUUGGAGUGGCGCAUGAAGCAGCAUGCCGCCGUGCUGGACGAGGGCGUACUGAAACCCGAAAACACCAUCGUGGCCAUCUUCCCGUCGCCCAUGAUGUACGCCGGCCCCACUGAGGUGCAGUGGCACUGCCGAGCCCGAAUGGUGGCCGGCGCCAACUUCUACAUCGUGGGUCGCGAUCCGGCGGGCAUGCCCCACCCAGCCACGGGCAAGGACCUGUACGAGCCAACCCAUGGGGCUAAGGUCCUCACCAUGGCGCCUGGACUCAUCACCCUGGAGAUUGUACCCUUCAAGGUGGCCGCCUACAACAAAGCCAAGAGGGCCAUGGACUUCUACGACCCCAAGAACCAUCAAGACUAUGACUUCAUCUCAGGGACACGGAUGCGUAAGAUGGCUCGCGAAGGACAGAACCCUCCGGAAGGCUUCAUGGCCCCCAAAGCCUGGGCUGUACUGGUGGAGUACUAUCAGUCCCUGGAGAAGGCUACCUAAGGUCAAAUGUGGUCAAAGGUCAAAAUGGGGAACAUCAGGGUCGUAUUCAUUAGGGCACACCAUAGCAAAACUUUUUCAAACGUUUGUCACCAAGAAAAACGAAAACAAGCGGUUGUCAUUGGACAAGUCCAGAGAGUCCCUCCCUGCUUCAGUCUGUUUCCCUCUGUUUGGUGCCUAAUGAAUACGACACAGCUAUCUCCUCUAAAACAGUUAAAAGAUUAAUACAAGGACCACUCAACAGCUAUAGCUAUCGUUCCUUCCCUGCGCUGUGGCUCGCCUCCAGAUGUCCCUGUCCAACCUCCAACGCACACACCUCUCCUCUAUUCUCUCCUCUAUUCUCCCCUUCUGUAUUCUCCUACUUUCCUCUCCUCCUCUCUCUCAUUCUGCUGCUACUGCCACUGGUCUUCAGUCUUACCACACUGAGUAUGUACUUUUAUUUAAACUCACCAUUAGAAAUUGGUUUCUCUAAUUGUGCAACUAUCAGUAUUUUUAAAUGUGUUUUUAAACUGGAAGUGGGUUCAAAUGUUCAUUUUAAAAGGUGUGAAGAGGCAAAGAUUAUUUUUUAGAGAAUGAUGCGAAAAGUUUCCUCAUUAUGUAACAAUAUGUGGUUUAGUUGAGGAUGAAAACAUGAUGCAUGUAGGAAGUCAAUGCCCCUCUUAGUAAUGUACCCUAGAACUGUUACCGUGUCCAUGGCUAAUGUGAUCAUAUUGAUUCUUUUGAGUGUUUGGCUUUGUCCCUUUGUCCCCAUGCACACUUCAAAUAAGUUACUGGAAAGCGUAGACUCAUUUAGUGAUCUUAAAACAAGCCAUCACUGUGUCGCUGCAGUAUGUGGGUAACUCAUCUGAGGUUGUUGGCCUGACUGGAACUGUGGUUUGAAUUGGAGUUUGAGGUCAAGUUGAGUGCCUUGUCUUUUGUCAAUCGUUCUCACACAGAGACAUUGUAUUCCCGCACACACACACACCUGUUCGUUCUCCCACUUGCCUCUCUGUUACGUUAAAGCGGUCCAAUAGAUCCAGGAAACAAUCUGCAAAGCAGAUGAGACCGGAACUAAUGACUAACCUUUAGAAAUACUUCCUGUUUUACCAUUAGCUUUAUUUCUCCAUACUGAUAACAUCGUUUAUCUUUUUACCUUGAUGUAUGUAGCAUGUAGUGAAGUGUUCACCACCAAUGACUGUUUUAGUUAACUAUAAGUAUUUAUUUUUUUAGUUGAUGUUUAUCACACAGGAGGUUGGUGGCAUCUUACUUGGGGAGGACAGGCUGGUGGUAGUGACUGGAGCAGGAUAGGUGGAAUGGUAUUCCAGUUCUGUUCCAGCUAUGAGCUGUCCUCCCCUCAGCAGCCCCCUGUGGUCUGUCACAAUAUAUUUUAGUUUGUUUGCUUGUUUUAAUAUUCUUUGUACUGAGUUAUAAUAUUUUCCAUUUGGUUACUACUGUACAAACAUGGGUCUGCUCUGCCAGUAUGGCCGGAAGAAAAGAUAUCGGUUUAUAUAUUGUUGUCCAUGUUCUCCAAUAAACCAUUUUUAGCAAAUGGA